GAAACAGUCCCUGCUAAGCAUGGACAGUUAAGCUGCUGAGUCACUGCUUCCUCUAAACGUUUCGACUUUCGCUUUCCAUUUCCUUUAAAUCGCCUGUCCCCUGUCUCCAGCAGGUGUCGCUGUUGCGCUUCAUAACAUUGAGCAAAAUGGUCUAAAAAGUUGAUCGCAAAUAAACUAGAUCACGUCACUGUUUUUAAGGGCAGUUAUUAAACGUGCAGCGAGUAGCGAGAAAAAUAUUUAAGACGUCAUUAAUUUCUAUAUCUGGGAUAAACUGGUUUUGACUAGCCUGGAUUAUAAAUUGUGUGUGUGUGUUGGGAUGGAGGCUCGUUUAAGUACAAAGUAAGUAAAUAAAUUCAGUAAAAACACAAACACGAUUACUUAAUAGAAAGAAAAUACUUUUUUUGCAGUCACGGUCCCCUUUUGGGCUCAACAUAUUGAAUAUUGAAAUUAGUAAAACAUUUAGGCUGUAGCAUGGUACCUGCUGUCCCCAUGUGGUUGUUCCCCCCGGGGGGAGACGUGACGUUCAGGGGAUUUCCAUACCCUAUACCAGCCAAUCGGAGCGAGGCAGCUGCGGAAACAAACUGAACUAAACUAAGCUUCAGACAUCAUUAAACACACAACGUCAAGUCCGUUUAACGGCUUUCACGGGUGGGUACGGACACUCAGAGCUGGUUGGUAGCCUGACGAGUCUUUAACGUAGUUUAAAAAAAAGAGACGUUUGGACCCAGAAUAGAAUACCGGAAACAGUCAUUUUGGAAAUAAUUCAAGGACACGCCAGCGGAGUUCAUGGUCUAAAAGAACUUUCAUGCGAUGAAAGAUAUGGAAAUCAACGGUAUCUCUGAGACGCGAGGGCCGUCAGACUUUGACCUCAUUGAGGAAAUCAUCACAGAGGAGGGAGAGCGGUCGCGGGCCUCCCUCCCUAGGCCUCCGGCCCCUCCUGCUGACCUCCUCUGCCAGCCGCACAGCCAGAACCACAGGAUGCCCCACCAGAGCUCCCCACUGCCCGUCCUGGUGGCGAGAGGCACUGCAUGUCAGCCAACCUGCACCUUCCCUCAGCCCCAGCAGCAGUCGCGCACCCUUAGAGAGAUGGCUCAUUCUACUCGUGGAGCCGCCUCUCUGGCUGGUACUUCUCGGCGUGGUCGAGGCUCUAAGAGCUCUGGCUGCGUUUCCUCUCAGAACCAUGGAGGCGACACCGAGAUGCUAGAGCGGCUUCUGAAUAAGCCGAAGAUGGUGGUGGUGGAGGAGCCCAAGGAGAGAGGCAUGAGGUUUCGCUAUGAAUGUGAGGGACGCUCGGCCGGCAGCAUCCUGGGGGCGUCCAGCACCGAAACCAACAAGAGUCAGCCUGCCAUAGAGAUUCAAGGCCCGAUUGACAACUUAAAGAGGGUCACAGUCACCGUUUCUUUGGUGACCAAAGACCCCCCACACCGGCCUCACCCCCACUGCCUUGUGGGUAAAGACUGCCCAAACGGUUCAGGAAUCUGCAGGGUCACGCUCAAUCCUCACAGCAACCGACGUCACAGCUUUGCUAACCUCGGUGUCCAGUGUGUGAGGAGGAAAGAGCUGGAUGUUUCACUUGAGAAAAGAAGAAGCCAAAAUAUCGACCCUUUUCAAACUGGUCACUCAAAGGGCAUUGAAGACAUGGACAUGAAUGCUGUGCGUCUGUGUUUUCAGUGUGAGCUUGAGUGGGAGGACGGCAGAAAAGACACUCUCAGCCCAGUGCUGUCAAAUCCAGUUUAUGACAAGAAGGCCACAACUACAUCACAGCUGAAAAUUGGCCGUUUUAACCAAUACAGAGGUUCUUGCACCGGAAAGACCGAGAUCUACAUGCUCUGUGACAAAGUUCAGAAAGAUGACAUAGAGAUCAUCUUCAGGAAAGGAUCGUGGAAGGCGAGCGGGGAGUUUGCCCAGACAGACGUGCACCGGCAGAUCGCCAUCGUGUUUAAGACUCCACCCUACCAGGACCAGGACAUCACAGAGGAAGUUGAAGUCAGUGUGGUCCUGCGUCGCCUCUCAGACCAGAUGGAGAGCGACUCUGUUACCUUCACGUACCUGCCACACAACCCAGAUCCAUAUGAGGUGAAGCGGAAGAGGAAGAUAAAGUCAGACAUCAGCUUCAGAGAUAAACCUUGUGUGACAGCAGAAAGUGCACCUGCUGUGGAGCAGCCUUUCCACUUCCCGGAGCCUCAAACCAUGAUGUCUCCAGACGAGAGGCCUUGUGCUGCCCAGCCUGGGUCCUCCACUUUAGGGGCAAUGUGUUACAACGAGUCCCAGGACUCCGACAAUGGCACCGAUGCGACGGCCAUCCUUAACCAGUUGCUGGAAAUUCCUGCAUUAUGGGACAUGAUUUCCGACCCGAGCUUCUCUUCACCCUCUGGCUUUGAGCAGGGGCCCGACCCAACGUUUGCAAACAUGGACAUGAACUCCAACCAGAACGUUGGCUUGUAUGCUCAAGACUUUUCACAUUACAACUACAGCGAUUUGCAGUUCAACAUGCUUGUCAAUGAGAACCAGACUCUGCAGCCAGAGGCACAGGACAACUCCUCCAACAUGAUUCAGGUUAAGACAGAAGAGGAGCUAUGAGGACGGGAUAGUCAGGAUCAUGAAGCUCUAGGAAUAAAUUAGACGUUUUGGGAAAUUCGCUUAUUUGCUUUCUUGCCAAGAAAAAGAAAAGAAGAUCGAUACCACUCUCACGUCUCUCACCACCAGAAUGGUAUGGAUCUUCUCAUCUACAGUAACUCUCGGCAAGAAAAUGUAUUUCCCAAAAUGUUGAAUUUCUCCUCUGGAUUUAGAGCCAAACAAGAUUAUGUCCCAAAUCCAAGACUGCUGCUCCGGCUGCUUGCACUGUGAAAUGUGUUUGUCCUUACACCAUAUCAUUGUUUGAAGACCUUGCUGGUCAAGGCUUUAGCAACCAGGAGCAGUUUAAAAUCCCUACAUAUGUGCCGGUAAAUGCUGCCAGCAUUAAUCGUGAGUAGAAGGUGAUUCUCACAGUUAGCGUGGAGCUUAAAAAGAAAACUCAUGAACAUCUAUAUUUAACUUGGGAACAAUAGAAACCCUCCCAUGACUCGCAGUAUAUUGUAGUAAAUGAUUGGUGAGGUUAGACUGAAAUACCUGUCAUGUAAUGUUUGUCUAAGGUCUGUUUUGUUUGCUUUGACAUUGUUUUGGGAUAAGGACCUGACUUACUACAAAAAGUUGAUGUAGGAUUUUAGUUUGAAAACACAAAGUCUCAUUUAUAGUAGUUUCAGAUCUGCUCUUCACUUUGCUCUUGUCUGUUAUUACUCUGUUGAUGUGGCUGUCACCCCAGAUGGCUUGUUUGUUAAUAUGUAAUCAACUUAAAUGCAACAGAAACCAGUCCUCCUCAUAUUUAUAGCUCUGUCUGUCAGUUCCCAUUGUUUGCAGUUUCACUCUCGUGCUUAACAUUCAAAUUUCCACUCGCAGCUUGUCACAAGUCCAACUCCGCCUCCUCGCUGUAGCACUGUAGUGUCAAUAUUUCAGUGAAGAAACAAUAAAAUGUCUGUGUUA